GUCGGGAUGGCUGUGAUGACGACGGGGUUUCACAGUGGGACGAGCCGACUCUGCAAAUGGCUACGAGGUGCGAUUUGUCGAUUUGUUCUUCAUUAAUCUCCUCUUGUGCGGCUCGGAAGAAAGCGAACGACCGCUCUGCCUCACAGGCCGCCCUCAGGUUUCAAUGUCAUAACACUCAGUGACGGUGGUAACACAGGAUUAUUAAAAGCAAACAUCACCUCAUUGCUUUAGGAAUUUGACUGAAGUGAACAAGGAAGAGGGAACAAGCCGCAGAAGACAGAAAUCAUUGCACCCACACUCCUUCACGGGGCUAUGGAGGAGGAGGGGCAGCAAAGCCUGGAGUGUAUCCAGGCCAAUCACAUUUUCCCUCGGAAGCCCCCCGUCCUUGAUGAAGAUGAUCUUCAGGUGCCCUUUCCAGAGCUACAUGGAGAAUUUACAAAGUACGUGGGCCGGGCGGAGGAUGCUGUCAUCGCAAUGUCCCCUUACCGACUGCACAUCAAGUUCAAAGAGUCAGUUGUAAACAGCUGUUCGUGUGAGGUGUCAGUUCCCCUGCAGCUGAUAGAAAGUGUUGAAUGUCGGGACAUCUUCCAGCUGCACAUCACCUGCAAAGACUGCAAGGUCAUCAGGUGCCAGUUCUCCACGUUUGAGCAGGGUCAGGAGUGGCUAAAGAGGCUGAGUGCUGCCGUCCGUCCUCCCGCUCACAUAGAGGAGCUCUUCUCCUUCGCCUUCCACGCAUGGUGUUUGGAGAAGGAACAGCACGGGGAUCUCUGCAGACCAGGUGAACAUGUGAUGUCACGUUUUCACAAUGAGGUGGAGCGAAUGGGCUUCGACACUCAAAACGCCUGGAGAAUAUCUGAGAUCAACAACAAGUACAAGUUGUGUUCCAGCUACCCUCAACUGCUGUUGGUGCCAGCCUGGAUUACAGACUCGGAGUUGGACAAUGUGGCAGCCUUCCGGUCCUGGAAGAGAAUUCCGUCUGUGGUUUACAGGCACCAGAGCACCGGGGCGGUGAUUGCUCGCUGCGGGCAACCUGAGGUCAGCUGGUGGGGCUGGAGGAACGCAGAUGAUGAGCACCUGGUGCAGUCUAUUGCUAAGGCAUGUGCCGUGGACAGCAGGUCCUGUAAAGGCCUUACCAAUGGCUCGAUCUCCCGCGAGUACACUAACGGAGCCGACCUCUCGGAUGUGGACUUCGACUCGUCCAUAACUAACAGCUCAGAGGUGGAGUCACUGGCCAUCCAACCUCGUAAACUUCUGAUCCUGGAUGCCAGGUCUUACGCUGCUGCCGUGGCCAACAGAGCCAAAGGAGGAGGGUGUGAAUGUCCAGAGUACUACCCUAACUGUGAGGUGGUGUUCAUGGGCAUGGCCAACAUUCAUUCCAUCCGCAAGAGUUUCCAGUCUCUGCGUUCCCUCUGCACACAGAUGCCCGAUCCUGCCAACUGGUUGUCUGCUCUGGAGAGCACAAAGUGGCUGCAACAUCUCUCGCUUCUGCUCAAAGCAUCUCUGCUCGUCGUGAACGCUGUGGACCGCGACCACAGGCCCGUCAUGGUGCACUGCUCGGAUGGCUGGGACCGCACCCCUCAGAUAGUGGCACUUGCCAAACUUCUGCUGGACCCGUUCUACCGCACCAUUGAGGGUUUUCAGGUGCUUGUUGAGAUCGAGUGGUUGGACUUUGGGCACAAGUUCGCCGAUCGUUGCGGUCACGGAGAAAACGCAGAGGACCUGAACGAGCGCUGUCCUGUCUUCCUGCAGUGGUUAGACUGCGUUCACCAGCUUCAGAGACAGUUCCCGUGUUCAUUCGAGUUCAAUGAAGCCUUUCUGGUGAAGCUCGUACAGCACACAUACUCCUGUCUGUUCGGGACGUUCCUGUGUAACAGCGGGAAGGAGCGUGAAGACCGACACAUCCAGGAAAGGACCUGCUCUGUGUGGUCUCUCCUUAGACCUGCCAACCGCUCCUUCAGAAAUAUGCUCUACUCGUCCCAUUCAGAGACCGUGCUGCAUCCCGUAUGUCACGUGCGUAAUCUUCUGCUAUGGACAGGCGUUUACCUCCCCAGUUCUUCACCAACAACCCCUUCGGAUGACUCCUGUGCCCCCUACCCUGCACCUGGUGCCAACUCUGAAGAUCAGCCCCUGGGCAGGCGUCCAAAGACUCGCUCAUUCGAUAACUUGCCCAGCGCUUGUGAAGUUGGAAACCCAUUGACCUCAAAUCGACGUUCCAGCGAUCCCAGUUUAAAUGAGAAGUGGCAGGACCAUCGCAGGUCUCUGGAACUCAACAUUGGGACGGGGGCUGACAGUGCUGCAUCUCAAGAUCCAGAGGGGAGGGUCAAUGGCGUGGAACGUAUGGGAACAUUGCCCAAUGGAGGCACAGAGGAUGUCAGGUUGCCAGUGAUGGAGGGGGUGGAUGAUGCGGAGCUGUCCCUGACAGUGGGUGUGGCUAUGGGUCAGAUGGAAAACAUUCUACAGGAAGCAACAAAGGACGACUCCACACCAGAUAAUCGCAGAGAUGCUAAGACAGACCACACUAAUGAAACCUCUGUUCAAAAGUGUCCUAAUGGCCAGAUGAACGAUAUCGCACAUUUGGCAGAGGUUCAGAGCAACAACGGCAAUGUUAUCGAGACGCAACUAACGGCUACUACUAAAUCCGAAAGCCUCGCAGAGAGAAACGUCAAUGGACAUUGUUCAGAGGAUGGAAGUUCAGAGGCCUCUUCUGCUCUCAGCCGAGGUACCUCGGAAAGCCAAGACUCAGCCGAGGAAACCCUACAGGAACCUAACCUCUCUUGUAACGCACCUAAUUUCCCACCCAAUGGCCUUAGGACUCUCAGUAAUGGCUUUGGGGUUGACAAACCACCGCCCGAGAGCCAGGCAUCUACCGCUGGACCAGAGAUCAGAUAUGAGGCUCUUGAACAAGCUGAGAAACGGCUUUCCCUAUUGGAAAGCUCCACGGAGACGCUUACGGAAGACUUGGGUGUCCGGCCGGAGAGUCUUGGACCUUUGACUAUCCCUCACCCUCUUAAAACAUUAGCAGAAUCCUCGUGCCUCAAACAAGGUCUCGAUGCCGAAUCUGGCACCACCAGGACUAUAAACGACAUCCCCAAACGGCCGUCUCUUAGUGCCUUUCCAUCCUCUUGUACCUCUGCUGACCCCCAUAAUCCCACUUGUAACGGAGAAUCGCCAGGCCCAGAGCCCUCCACGCCACAGUGGGCACGCACAAACGGGGAACGGACAGCGCUUAGCCGGCAAGUGUCGCUUGCCAGCUGCGGCUCGCUGACUUUAAACGCACGGGGCACCUGCUCCCACCAUCGCUGCCUGCAUUUGGGAUUUCUGGGGCGGCCGAGCUUCACUCCUCCAGAACCGCCUUCGGCCCGGAGCCAUUUGGAUGAUGAUGGCUUGACCCUUCACACAGAUGUCGUGCAGCAGCGUCUGAGGCAGAUCGAGGCCGGUCACCAAUUGGAGGUGGAAGCCCUGAAGAGACAGGUACAGGAGCUCUGGAGUCGUCUGGAGAGCCAACAGUCUGCUGGGAUGCUGCGCCUCAAUGGAGACAUGGCAGACGAAGUGACCUCUAUGGCAGACUCUGACUUUAAUCUGGAGCCCAGCUGUUUGUCCCGCUGCAGUACUGAACUCUUUUCUGAGGCCAGCUGGGAGCAGGUGGACAAGCAGGACACUGAGGUGACCCGUUGGUACCCGGACCAUCUGGCAGCUCAGUGCUACGGCUGUGAGAAAGGCUUCUGGCUGGCUACUAGAAAGCACCAUUGCAGAGGCAGGGAGCACAUGGAUGAGGUUUGGAAUUGUGGGAAUGUGUUCUGUGCCAGCUGUUGCGAUCAGAAGAUCCCGGUGCCAAGCCAGCAGUUGUUCGAGCCCAGUCGCGUGUGCAAGUCGUGUUUUAGCAACCUGGAGACCCUGGCACCAUCUCUGGAGAUAGAGCUGGAUAAACCCAUUACGGCCAGCUCCAACUAAUCUCAGAACAGAAACAGGUCAAGCCAGCUGGUUCAGAGAAGAGACUGUUUUGUGGGUAGUCACUUUUUUGCGAAGGUAGGAAACUACCUGAAGGGAAUGGUGUGUGUAUAUACGGGACGGAGCGAGAGGAGGAUGCUUUGCACUUUCAGUUAGAGACUGCUGAACUUAUUUGCGGGAGCGAUUGAAAGCUUGUCUUCAUUUAUGAUGAAACUUGUCCUGUCCCUGCUGCGUAAAGCUGCGCAAGUGGAUGGUGCAACAUCAAUUUUUUUUAAUAGGAUUUCCUCAUCUCACGAAGAUAUUAGAUUUCAGUGGUGUUCUUGGGAAUGCCGCACGGGGAAAGGUGCUUCUUGGACAAGGCCGCAACGUCCUAGCUUUGAUUUUGAGUUCUCAUCUUUAUCUAUCAACUCCUAAUAUAUCCAUUUCUUUGGUUUAUCAGGGUUUCUCUUUUUUUAUUGAGGAAGAAAAAGGAGUAGAAACCUGUUUUCCCCCUCUCUUUUUUUAUUUUUUUAUUCUCAGCACAGGUCUAUUGGCGUCAAAUUCUGGACAGCCCUUUCACACAUACACAUUACCUGAUUAAUGACUGUUUGUUAGUAACUCCAUACAAUGGUCAUGGAUGUGCUUGAAUAUCAUUCACCUUUUCUCUCCAAUGUAGAGACAGAAACCGAUGUCAUCAUGGACCGCUAGAUGGCGCUCUUGGCUUUCUGAUCAGCAGAGACUUUAUCACUCUAAUGCAUUUUUUGUAACAUAAAUGCAAGACAAAAUAAUGAGAUAAUAUAUAAGAAUGAGACGUAUAGCAUUUAAGAUGAGAAAUUGUAUAGAAUUCUUGAAUAGUGGCUCACUAAAUUAGUUACCACAUAUAAGUUGUCUGUUUUCCCCAGUUGUAGUCACUUGGGGUUUUCGUUGUUAUUUCAUUUUUUUCUUCUUUUUUUGCGCUAAAAGAAGAAUCUGAAUGGCGUAUAUAUAUUUGAGAGGUAUUUUAUUUGAAAUGCUGCAGAUGGCCCCAGAUAAUUUUUUUUUUUUUCAAUUUUUUAACACUUAUUUAUUGCCAUCUUUUUGGAGUAUGUUCGGUCUUGACAUUUGAUUGACAGGAUAAUCAGUGUUGAUUGGUAAUUGGAUGUGUGUGAGCUGCACUGAAUAUAGAUAUCCCAAAAAAUACACCAACAUUCCCACUUCCAUACACACAUUUGGUAUUUUUAUCACUUUUAUUUAAGAAAUGAUACACAAAUUAUAAUCUGAUUAUUUUGCUUACACCCUCCUGUUUUUUUUCUUUGCAAAGGUUUAUUUCAAGAAUUCCCAUCGCCAACAUAUGAGGAAUGAGUACAGUUGUCUAUAUUUACUCGCACUUACUGAUUUUUCAAUCUGAUAUUGCUCUUUUUAUUUUCAAUUUGUAUAAUCUUCAUACACAUUAACCGACCACAUCUGUUUUAGAAAAUACAAUGCAACACCUUAAAAGCAUCACAACUGUACUCCAUUUGAUUUCUCAGUUAGGAGAGAUAUGAGUGCUAGUAAAUAAUGACACAACCUGUUGAAUUCAAAGUGGUGACAAAAGUCGUCAUCUGAUCCUUUAGUGAAAUUCGUGAAGGUUUGGAUUUCUUGCUAGGCGUUAAUUCUCCUGACUGAUGAUAUCUGCACCUCUUCAGAAGUAAAGCGUGUUGUGGAUUCAGUGUAAACAGUGGAUCUGCUUUUGCAUAAACGCCAAUCCAUGAAUGUGAAUUUUUUUCCAGCACAGGAAAUCCCAUGGUUUAUAUUUUGCACAUUGGUAACCAUCAGAAAUAGACACUGUUGCAGACCUCUAUAAGAAUAAAAGUGGAAUUCCAAUCUAA